AUGGCGACACUACCUCGAGCCGCCAAACCAACUUCAUCUGUAAUCUCGGGCACCGAUACGCGUCCACGUUCUGAUGCUGCCUUCGAUGCUGGAAUAAACUCUUCGAGUGCAUGGACAGAGCAUUUGGAGCGCUAUUCGUUAUCAGACGACGAGCCUGAUCCAACAGAUGAACUCCAGCCGAUUGAAGAGACAGUUAAAGCAGCCCGUGCACUCUACGACUUUGAAGGAAAGGCUGAAUUCGGGGAACUGGCCGUCGAGGCUAGAGAUGAACUGAAUAUCUUGAAGGAAGAAGUUGGAGACGGCUGGAGUUUGGUGAGAGCGAGCUCUGGUGAAAUAGGGUUGCUACCCCAGACAUAUUACACGUACACGACUAGUUUUUUUUCCGCACCGUUUCACGGGAGGAAGGAGCGGUCUACCAGCACAAUCACCCCCCAAGAAUCUCUCCAGGAACAACCUGAGCCGGUUUCUAUCGUCCCUCAGGAUACUGGUGAAUGGACAAACCCUCUCCCAAGUUUCCGGCAAGGCUUUCUUGGAGGCAAGAGUUUGAACCGGUUCUCUGGGUUCGUGACGAGUGGCGCAGAAGAAUGGAUUCUCGAGGGCUAUGAAGAUCCAGUCGCUUCAAGUUUAUCCUCUUCACACCAACGGAUCUCUACGGAAGACUCUAUCAAUGAAGAUAAUAGGCUCAGUAGACUCGGGCUGGGGGAAGCAGACAGGCACUAUAUUGACGCCGGCCCUACGUGGCAAUCGAAAGUUCCAAAGUUUCGAGUCUUGGUUCACUCACCUUCCAAGCGCACGUCGGGCCUUUCAGGAGCAUAUACCAUGUACAGUGUCACUUCACUAUUUUCUUCGACUACGGGUGAAUAUUAUGAUCCAUGCAUCCCGCCGAUUUCUCCUACCCGUAUAACAGUCCAACGGCGGUUUUCGCACUUCGUUGUGUUACACACUGCGCUGACUAGACGUCUUCCUGGAAUUGCGCUCCCACCACUUCCUGAGAAACAGUAUGCUGGGCGGUUCAGCUCUGAUUUUGUCGAGGCUCGUAGAGGUGAUCUCGAGAGAUAUAUUGGGUGCAUUGUGAGACACCCUGUUGCACGAUAUGCCGAGGUCGUCACGUCUUUUCUCGGUUGCGAAAGUGACGUGGAAUGGAAGCGGCUGAUGCCCCAAUUACUUGCAAUGCCUGCUGCUGGACCUUCAUUCUUCGCACACGUCUUUCAUCCCGCCUUUAACGUGGACGUGGACGAUGCUACAGAAGCGAUUGAUCGCUUCAGUCGUCACACCCUUGCCGUGGGCAAGGGCACGGAGAGAUUGAGAAACAAAUUUGGUGGCAUUCGCGAGGCAAGACUGGAGAUGUCGAAAGCCGAACGAUUGUUGUCGUAUUCAUUGUUGUCCUUGAUUUCGUCGACGCCUUCGUCUUCUACUCCCCUGACUGGGAUUAACGAGGAUGCGGAGGACACGCCUCCACAAAGAAAUGGACUCUUAAACGAAGAAGGAGCUUGGUGUUGGCGUGAAGGCUGUCAAGAUUGUUUGAAGCUUACAAAAGCGAUGCAGAAAACAUCAGAUGCUCUGCAGAUUGUCGCAGACCUGUAUGACGAUCAUGCCCGGCGCACCCAGCUUGCAACUCAUGAAGCGCUCAAGAGCGUUGCUCAUCCAUACCAAUCGUAUGAAGGCAUCAUCGAAACCCACCAAUCUACGGUUUCGCGAUAUAAAGAUGCACUCAAGUCGGGGGAGGUCAGAUGCUUGUUUUUCUCGAACGAUGAGAUGACAGCACGCUGCGAAACUGUCCUGAAUAUCACGAUGGCUGAGAUGGACACAUACCACGACCAGAAAGUGGAAGACUUCUGCACAAUAACCAAGGAUCAUCUUGAUGGAGAAAUCGGCUUUUACGAACAGGUUCUGCACAGGUUGAAGGCGGCGCGGCGCACCUUCGACACUCCGCGUUUUGACGAGCUGAGCAAGUCACCUCGUCAACCCUCAAGACACGAACGGGAUUUAGAAGCCCCCAAGCUGAAUCCCCCACCAUUGCCACAGCCAUGUCCUCAUAUCUAUGACUCGGCACCUAUGAGACCAGUGAGUACAGCAAUACAGGAGGGGAUCGGAGCGCUGCUGGGAAAGUCCCAGCCUGGUAUUAGGAGUGGGAGUGUUUUUGGGAGAAUGUGGGCUGAUUAA